AUAAACUUAAGUUAUGAACUUACAUCGAUAUUUAACUGAAUUUAGUUUUAUAAUUAGGUUUACAUAUGUUAUGUUUGAUUUUGUGAAUACGUAUUACAGAUAAUGAUACAUAUUAGACAUAUACAUAAAAAGAGGGAUAAUGUAUUCUAGCAUAUUUUGUUAAGCAGUCUAAUUAAGUUUUCGAUCUACUGAUAAUAUAUAUCACUGGAAUACUUGAUUGUAUUAUUACAAUUCGCGGGGGUUAGCUACGAAAGCUGUUGCGUAGGAAGAGCGACAGGGUGUUGAGUAAGUAAAUGGUACGGGUAGAAUCAAGGAAAGCUAGCAACUAAAGUAAUGAGCAAGGGUGAAAGAGAGAGAGAGAGAGAGAGAGCUCGCGCGCGCGCGAGAGAGAGAGAGAGAGAGAGAGAAAGAGAGCGAUAGCGUGGGAGGGGAGGCUCGUGCGCCGGCGAGCAAAUCGUGUGUCAGACUCGUGGCAGAGGGGUCAGCGCGAGAGAAAGAACGACACGAACCGAACAUUUUCUGGACUUAGCGGGAACGUGAUAUAUCCGCGGAAGGAUGAACGACAUGGAAGCUUACGGGGAUGGAUACAUGGAGCCCGAAGAAGAAUGGGAGAGGGAAGGUCUUUUGGACCCAGCUUGGGAAAAACAGCAGAAAAAGACAUUCACAGCAUGGUGCAAUUCGCACCUUCGCAAAGCUGGAACCGCUAUCGAAUCGAUCGAAGAAGACUUUAGAAAUGGACUGAAAUUAAUGUUACUACUUGAAGUAAUUUCUGGCGAAACUCUGCCAAGACCAGACAGAGGCAAAAUGAGGUUCCACAAGAUCGCGAAUGUGAAUAAAGCUCUUGAUUACAUUGCCAGUAAAGGUGUAAAAUUAGUUUCUAUCGGAGCAGAGGAAAUCGUGGAUGGCAACUUGAAGAUGACAUUGGGCAUGAUCUGGACCAUCAUUUUGAGAUUUGCUAUUCAAGACAUUUCUGUGGAAGAAAUGACUGCUAAAGAGGGUCUUUUGCUGUGGUGUCAACGUAAAACUGCACCGUAUAAAAAUGUCAAUGUUCAAAACUUCCAUCUAUCCUUCAAGGAUGGUUUGGCGUUUUGCGCUCUCAUUCAUCGUCAUCGCCCUGAUUUGAUUGAUUACAAUAAACUUAGCAAGGAUAAUCCUUUAGAAAAUUUGAACACUGCCUUUGAUGUUGCUGAAAAGUAUCUCGACAUUCCUCGUAUGUUAGAUCCCGAUGAUUUGAUCAACACACCCAAGCCAGAUGAGCGUGCAAUCAUGACGUACGUGUCCUGCUACUACCAUGCGUUCCAAGGUGCUCAGCAGGCAGAGACUGCCGCAAACAGAAUAUGUAAAGUUCUAAAAGUGAAUCAAGAAAAUGAGAGACUCAUGGAAGAAUACGAACGACUGGCAUCUGAUUUACUGGAAUGGAUAAGACGAACCAUGCCUUGGUUGGCUAGUCGUCAGACCGAUAAUUCCCUUGCCGGUUGUCAGAAAAAAUUAGAAGAAUAUAGAACGUACCGUCGUAAGCAUAAACCACCGCGAGUUGAGCAAAAAGCCAAACUCGAAACGAAUUUUAACACUUUACAAACGAAACUGCGACUCAGCAAUCGACCUGCUUAUAUGCCAACUGAAGGAAAAAUGGUAUCCGAUAUAAAUAAGGCUUGGAAAGGUUUAGAGUUGGCAGAGAAGUCAUUCGAAGAAUGGCUCUUGUCGGAAAUGAUGCGUCUCGAGCGUUUGGAACAUUUGGCUCAGAAAUUUAAACAUAAAGCUGAUGCUCAUGAAGAAUGGACUGCAGGAAAGGAAGAGAUGCUCACAUCACAACAUUUCCGACAGUGCAAACUCAAUGAACUCAAAGCUUUGAAGAAAAAGCAUGAAGCUUUCGAAUCUGAUCUUGCGGCGCAUCAGGAUCGCGUGGAACAGAUAGCUGCCAUUGCUCAGGAGCUCAAUACCUUGGAGUAUCACGAUAGUGCGUCCGUUAAUGCUAGAUGUCAACGAAUUUGCGACCAAUGGGAUCGCUUGGGUACUCUUACCCAACGUAGACGUCAGGCGUUAGAUGAGGCCGAACGUAUUCUUGAAAAGAUCGACGUCCUACAUUUGGAAUUCGCUAAACGAGCUGCUCCGUUCAAUAAUUGGUUGGAUGGAACCAGGGAAGAUCUAGUAGAUAUGUUUAUCGUUCAUACGAUGGAGGAAAUCCAAGGUUUAAUGGAUGCUCAUGCUGCGUUUAAAGCAACUCUUGGAGAAGCUGAUAAAGAAUACAAUGCUAUUGUGGGAUUAGUGCGUGAAGUUGAAUCAACAGUCAAACAGUUCCAAAUUCCGGGAGGUCUUGAAAAUCCGUACACUACUCUCACUGCUUUGGACCUUACGAAGAAAUGGAGCGAUGUCAGACAACUUGUACCUCAGCGUGACGGUACACUGCAAGCGGAACUUCGCAAACAACAGAAUAAUGAAUUACUUCGACGACAGUUUGCUGAGAAAGCUAAUGCCGUUGGUCCGUGGAUAGAACGUCAACUAGACGCAGUUACAGCUAUUGGUCUCGGUCUUCAGGGUACUUUGGAAGAUCAAUUACAUCGUCUGAAGGAAUAUGAACAAGCGGUUUAUCAAUACAAAGCUCAUCUUGAAGAACUGGAGAAGAUUCACCAAGCUGUCCAAGAAGGCAUGAUAUUUGAGAACCGAUACACUCAAUAUACGAUGGAAACUUUACGAGUUGGAUGGGAACAAUUACUUACUUCGAUAAAUCGUAACAUUAAUGAAGUCGAAAACCAAAUUCUUACUAGAGAUUCGAAGGGUAUUACGCAAGAACAACUUAAUGAAUUUCGUAGUAGUUUCAAUCAUUUUGACAAGAACCGUACAGGUAGAUUGGCUCCUGAUGAAUUCAAAUCUUGUCUUGUUUCUCUGGGUUAUUCCAUUGGAAAGGAUAGGCAAGGUGACAUCGAUUUCCAGCGUAUUCUGGCUAUUGUUGAUCCAAAUAAUUCUGGUUACGUACAUUUCGAUGCGUUCCUAGACUUUAUGACUCGCGAAUCUACAGAUACAGACACAGCCGAGCAAGUAAUCGAUAGUUUCCGUAUACUUGCUGGAGACAAGCCAUACAUUUUGGCCGACGAACUGAGGAGAGAAUUGCCACCUGAUCAGGCUGAAUACUGUAUUCAGCGAAUGCCUCCAUACAAGGGACCGAAUGCAAUCCCUGGAGCAUUGGAUUAUCGUUCAUUCUCUACUGCUCUAUACGGUGAAUCAGAUUUGUAAGGAUGCAUAUCAAAAAUCAUGAAAACUUUUUGGACGAUUUCCAUUUUAAAAAGCACAUGAAAUGUUAUUUGAAACGUAUGUCGCACGUUUUGGUACUCUAACGCAUCUUUAUAAAUUGAGAAUCUCAACGCGAUCAAAGAAUCAUUGACUAGCCUCAAGAAAUAUAGUAUAAUAUUCGGAGCGUUUGGGAUGAAAAGGCUCUAAUACGUUUAUACGUGUCACGAGUUAGCAAUUUUUUAUUCGUGAUAUUUUUUUAACGUAAAGGAACCUGAGAGCUAUACCGAUAAAUUUUGAUACACUGAUAUUUGCUAAGAUGUCUAUUCUCUAUCGUUAUCACGAGAUGAAAUUGACGUAUAGCGCUCGAUGAAGAUGGUCCGUACUUAAAUAAGUCUGUACAGUGACAAUAAAUAUACACAAUUUAGAUACCUUGACGUUAAAAGAGUAGCACAAUCGAAUACAACAGAUUCUUCUAGAACGUUUGCUUCUUGCCUAUGUCUACGGUGAGUCCUAUAAUUAGUAAGUUAAUGUUUCAAUUGUAUAUAAACAUGUCCGAGAAGUCACACGAGUACCAAUAAUAGAGAGAAUAAUAAGCAUUUCCUUUCCGUAAACGUUCCAGAAAAGGAGAGGAUAAUAUAGUUCCAUAAAUGAUUAAUAUGUUAAAAUGGAAAACGUGAUUAAACGGUUUAUUACGUACAAUUUUCGCAUGCAUCGAUAUUGCAGUCGUACAUACUGUUCAAAAAAUAUUCCAUUUUAUUGGGAGUAUUUGUAUAUUUUUGAAAAAGCUGUUUAAAUCGUAUCAUACAAAAAAUAGCUUCAUUUUUCCUUGGAAAGAAAAGUUUGAUUUGUCUAAACGAGAUGAUUGUUUCAGUUGAAAAACUAAAUAUGAGUAUCUCACAGUUCUUAUUCAUAUAUAAUCCAGCAGGAGAUGAUGGGAUUUUUUAUAAAAUAAGCUUUGGAAAGAAACAGUUACUCAGAUUCAAAAGUAAGGCGCAAAUCGAUGUUCAUAAAAUAUGCGAAAAUUCAUAAUGUGUGUAUAAAUUAAUAAUAUUAACGAUAUAAACGAAUAUUUGGAAAUUCGUACAUACGUACGAAACGACUUUCUCGCUAAGAAUCCAGAAAAUACUACGCUCGAAAUCGAACACAACGUUCAUAUUUUUUUAUAAUAAGCGGCAUAACGAAUUCUUAACGAAAGAGGGGGGGGGGCCGCUUUUACAUUUCGUAAAUCGUAUAUUAAAUAAUAAUGCGAAACGAUGCUAAAGAAAGCAAAUUAUUUAUUUAUUUGAAUUAAACGAUUAUUUAUUAUUGUUCCGAUAAUUAAUUAUGGUAGUAAAACAAAGCCACUUUUUCAAAGUAUUUAUUUUUAUAAAUAUUUGACAGAAGUGAUAAAUGAAAGGCCAAUGUAAUAUAAGACCCAUUAUGUAAAAUUUUCAAAUAGCAACCGCCAUUCUUUGUGUCAUGUUUAUUAGAUCACAAUUUAUAUUCAGCAGUCUAAAUAUCAUUUUGUCGAAUCAUUGUUAUUUAAGGUCAUGGAAGACGCUCGUGUGUGAAAUGCAAUUACUUAUUCGAGAGGAGAAAAAAGUACUGUGACGUUUUUUGCUUUGAACUAGUGCUUCUUUAAUAUGUAUCUUAACGCGUUUUACGAGUUCACUUUAAUUCCUCUUACAUUUAUUUUUGUUAAAAAAUAAAAUUAUUAUUGGGCUUUUUAUAGAAAUGAACAACAUAAAAAGAACUGGGGAGAUCUACUGAACAGUAUAUACUGAGGCAUAUAUAUAUAAAUACACAGACACACAUGCACACGCGCACGCACACGACAUACAUACACAGAAGGUUGAGAUUAUGAACAUUCAUUUUGAUAUCGAAACAUAAUGAAUCUGUAACAAGUACAUAUGUGUUCAAUGUAUGUAUAGCCGAAAGAAAUAGUUUUGAAAAUCAAAUUGUUCGAUGCGUUCAUAUCGUAUUGUGUAUACGUAUACAUUCUCAUUAAUAAUCACAUAUAUGUAUAAUUAUAAUUCUUAUAAUUUUAAAUCAUUUAAUGUAACUUCUACAAUCUUAAUUCGAUCUACACAUCAGUUGGACAAUCGUAUCGUAUUGCAUAUUACACUUGUCAACUAUUCUACCUAUUUUUGUUUUAUCAGUUCCAUCUUCCUCAGCUAGUUUAAUAACAAAAAGCAUUGUAAAAUCAAACUAUGAGAAAAUAAAAAAUGGUCUUUAAAGAGAGAAAGAGAGGGAGAGAAAGAGAGCGAAAGAGAGAGAGAGAGAGAGAGAUAGAGAGAGAGAUAGAGAGAGAGAAAGAAGACCGUUCAAGUUUUGUAUCAAAAAUAAAGCGACAAGAUUGGGUAGUUAUUUUUAACGUAUCCUAAUAUGCGUCAUAUCAAGUGGGCGAUAUAACAAAGGCUAUUUAAAUAAAAAUUUCUAACAGUGUGGUUAAAAAUGAAUGCUUUUAUUCCAAACGUAAAACUUAUUAUAUAUGUAAUUCCGAUUCAACGUUUUUGAUCGAGUGCAAAGAGUUUUACAAGUACAUGUAUUUUACAAAGAUACACUUUAUUAAGUUUCUCGGUACUACAUGUACUAACGCUUAAGUUAUUUCAUCGAUACGCCAUGCAAUAAAGUAAACUAGAUCUAUGUAUAUACAAUAACUAUAAUAUUUACAGACAAAUUUUUAACUAUAAUAUCACCACGCUUCGUUUCCGUUAGAUAUGGCUACAUGCGUUUGUAAAAAUUCAGCCGAAUCUUUCUUGUUCGUUGUAUAAUGAAUUGGUCAUGAUUUAGUUUAAAUAUGAAUUAAAAAUUACUUUAUGUCUGA